CCUGCACAGUGGCGCGCACCAUCCAUGCGCAUCCACACACUUUUUACUUGGGAAAUACAGGACAGGAGCAAGAGGAUAUGUUCUUUAAAAAAACAUGGAUUCAAUCUUGUUUUUCCGCCUGUGCUGCUGAUCUCUACUUUUCCCCCUUUUCCCUUCCAACUCCAGGUCUUCCUUGGAGCUGUUUUUGAGCAUAUUGUGGCUUCGACUGGUGUCUCGAUUGCGCUGAAUCAAAACUGGAUGUUUAUCUCCUUGACUAUUGGCGUCAAGUCGCCCCAAUGACUGAGCUCGGGUGCAGCCACAGACGGGGCUGCCCACUCGGCAAGACCCGCGGCUAAAGUUUGCAGGGUGCCCUUCUUCCUGGCACCUUAUUCCCUGGAUAUCUGUCAGCAAAACUGCUUGGAUUUACACGCUUCAAUACACUGAGCCCCGUCUAAACCAUGAAGACCAUUAUUACUGAUGGAGGGCGGCUCCUGGUUCUGAUCGUGUGGUUGAACUUUGCACCUCAAGCUGACGGCUGCCCUGCCAAGUGUGUAUGCUACAGUGAACCGCGGCCCACCGUGGCCUGCCAACAACAAGGACUCUUUUCCAUUCCUACUGAGAUCCCAGUGCGGAGCCAGCGAAUAUUCCUCCAGAGCAACAAACUGACGGUAGUGAGGUCUACAAGCUUCAGUUCAUGCCAAAAUCUCACCGUCCUUUGGCUCUAUUCGAACAACAUAAGCUACAUUGAGGCCGGUGCCUUCUAUGGCUUGGAAAAACUGGAAGAACUGGACAUUGGGGACAACAGCAACCUGCGCACAAUCAGCCCUACAGCCUUCCGAGGUUUAACAAAGCUGCACACGCUCCACCUGCACAGGUGCGGCCUGUCAGAGCUGCCAGUUGGGGUUUUCCGAGGAAUGUUCUCCCUACAGUACCUUUACUUGCAGGAUAAUAACAUUCUAACCCUGCAUGACGACACUUUUCUGGACCUUGCCAACCUCACCUAUCUCUACCUGCACAAUAACAAGAUCAAAAUCGUGACGGACAACAUGUUCCGUGGUUUGAUCAAUUUGGACCGCCUGCUGCUACACCAGAACCGUGUCAUUUUUGUCCAACCAAGGGCUUUUAGUGAUCUGGCUAAGCUUAAAUCUCUCUUUUUGUUUUUCAACAAUCUCACCGUCUUGACGGGGGAAACUAUGGACCCACUCACGACCCUCCAGUACUUGCGCUUAAAUGGCAACCAAUGGAUUUGUGACUGUCGGGCGAGGACCUUGUGGGAAUGGUUCAAGCGUUUCAAGGGUUCUAGCUCUGAGUUGGAGUGCAAUGUUCCCGAAUUCCUGGCAGGAAAGGACCUGAAACGACUAAAGAGCGAAGACAUGGAAGGAUGUGUGGAAACUCCUCAAAUCCAGACCAAUCUCUUCAGUUCCAAGGCCCCGUCUGGCAAGUUCCCUUCUACCGAGAAUCCUCCAGGGGACACAAUUCCGAGAUGCUGUCUUGGAGACAACGAUAAAUCCUCUAUCCUGUCUGGCAAGAGUCGCCAAAUCACUAACAACCCCCUGAAAGAAAAGGAGAACAUGUCCAAGACAAAACAUAAGGAUCAAGAAAGAAUGAAAAAUGAGACCCAGAACAAGCAGAAUGAUGGACCACUUGGAACCUUAUCCAACACCCUGGACAAGUCUAUGGAAAGUAUAAACCCCGAGCUUCUAGACAGUCUAGAAUCCUCUACAACCUCAAACAAAAAGAAAAAGAAGUGCUCCAAAAAGCCCAGAUCAGACACCCACUGCAUCAAAGGCAGCGGCCCUACGUUGCAAGUUCUGCGCUUUCUCCUCAUUCCCACCAUCUGGAUCUCCCUAGCCAUGUCUUAGGACUCCUGAUAUAGUUCUCAAAGCAGGACUCAAGAUUGUGAAUGCUCAUGACAAUGAUAAGAGAUGAUGCAGUAGCAUCUACGACAGACAGUGACGGGCCAGUGAGUUGCUACGACAACAACAACAGGGACGAUGAUAAGAGUACAUUUAACAAAAUGGAUGCCUUUACAGAACACUACAGAUCUGAUGUAUAUAAUGAAUCGGUGCCCAGAAUUGUUUGUUCUUUAUGUACUGAACUGUACCGUGUCUAAGCUGCCCCCAUUUCUCCACCAUAAAAAGCUUCUACUGUUGAAAGAGAGCACCAAGAGUUAAAAAAAAAAAGACCUACGGAAAUUCCGACACAGUAAGCACACAAAGAAUGUUGGGUCCGUUUAAAGAAAAUCAAAAGAACCCCCCUCUCAUUAUUUAUUGAAAGUGAUGCAUUUGUUGGGUAAUGUUGUUUUUUCAUGUUUUUAAAAGAAAACAACUGUUUUAUUGCGCCCCCAUUUUUACUUUUAUUUUCAGGAAGGAAAUGUUAUAUGGGUAGCAUUUGCCAAAAGAAUGCUGACGAUUUGUUAACUGCAAUGGAAACAUAGAAAUGCAUUUUAUUUUACUUGUGUACAAGUAUGAAUAUAUUAUGAAUAAAAGUUCUUAUUUCAUAGAUGGUUUGGAUAGAGUGUGUUACUUUUUGGGAAUAUAUUAUAUUUACUCAAAUGCCUUUCCACAAUUAGUAUUAAAGGGAUAGUACGGAUUUUUUGACAUGAAGUUGUAUGACAUCCGCAUCUGCAGUGUAGUGCAUCAACAGUGACUUAACCCCCACUUGGUCCUGUGAGCCCAGGGGCCCGUUGCACAAAACUAGAAUAAGGGAUUAAUAAAGAGUUCACAGAUGUUACUGUACGAUGCGUUUUUUGAUAUGCUAAACAGGUAACAAACAGCAUUAAUGAUUUGAUUUUAAUUAUGAUAUUUUCAGCGGAGCGUAUUUGUGCACUACUUACGCACACAGCAUUGCAAAUUGUCUCUGCAAUACUUUGCCACGCUUUGUGUCUUUGUUUUAUGACUGUAGCGUUGUUGCCUUUCUUUUUUAUUUGCUCUUUUGCAUCCUCGUAAGCCUCUAUGAGGCUUCAUGUCAACAAAUCCAAACUAUCCCUUUAAUAUUUACAGUAUUUUUCAAUAGACAGUUAAUAGCUCCACACAACUACCGGUAAUAUUACAAACAAUCACUGUUUACUCAAAUUGUCAAUCUAUUGAAAGUUGGUACAUUUUGCCAAUAAAUGUAAUUCACAAAGAGGAGAUUAAAAAUUGUAAUUGCAACCGCAUGACUAUAAAAAUGUAUUUGUACAAUAAAAACCUCCUCCCAUAGAUGCCUGAUACGGUCUUCAGUUGAGUGAAUAAAGUCAUAGUUAUACGCAAAAUAUUAGUAUAAAUUUAUUUACGGUUGCCAGUCCGGGGUGUGCCCCGCCUCUCACUCAAAGUCAGCUGGGAUUGGCUCCAGCUUACCUGUGACCUUAAUGAGCACAAGCGGUGUAGGAAAUGGACGAAUAGAAAGAUAAAAGUAUUUAUCAAGCCAUUGUAUUAGUUUGGGAAAAUCAUGUCUGCCCAGUCAUGGUGCUUUAGGGUCAUAGUGAUGUCUUCUUAAUAUUUAGUCCCCUCUCUGGCAUUCUGUUAAUAAACAAAUAAUUGAUUGAUUAAAACAAGUUACGAACAAUAGUUAUUAAAAAAUGCAGUUCCUGUCAUAACCUUGAUUUUGGAAGAAGCAGCUCUCAUCAUUUCAUAACAAGUUUUCGUUAUUGACAUAUUUUGCAGCCUGCGACUUCACUUCUGGAUUUGGGUGGGAGCCAAUAUAUAUAAGAUAUACAGUAUAUCUUAUCUAUGAAAUAUCGUGACAUGACUAUGGAUUAUCGAUAAGCUCUCGGCAUGUAUCGUUUUUUUAUUAUUAUUAAAAUAUAGCUGCUAUAAGCGUCUAUCGCCGUUCUUUCUCAGUGGGCCAAGUCAGAAAAUCGGGUGGACGUCACAGAAGAAAAAGAAAUGAAAAAAGAAGACAUAAGCAAACCACGCGUAAUAGCGGACUCGGCCGGUGAAGUUCGAUGGAAACAUCCGCUAGCGUAGUUAAAAUCAAAAGUGUAGACUCACUUUGGCUUUUAUAGCGCGGAUGAGACAACGCUGACUUAGCAGUAUGGAAGACAAUACGACCCACGGGCGUGCCUUCACGACAGCAACCUCGUUUGCCACCACGCUCGCAAACUGUGCCUCGUAAGAGAAAUGUUCGUUUUUCUAUUUAAAUGCUAAAUGUUGUGUUUUUCAAUCAGGAGACGAGUGUUUACGGUAGUUUAUGUUUUACAUUGUCGUGCUGUUCAACCUUAUCUGGUCGUUCUCUGUCUCUUUCAGGUGAAUACCUCACUACUACGUCACUACAUGUCUCUCGUCUACUUGAGAGACCUGAGAUGUGGUGUUGUUUGAAUGACUUUAGCUUUAGCUUCACUGUUUGUCAGACACCGAAACUAAAAUCCGGUUGAUGCUUAUGUUGCACUAAAACAGUCUCAUUCUUUUUGCACCCUUGCUGGUUGUAUCUGGUUAAGGUAUGCUGCAAAAAUUCCAUCCAUUUCCUAUCCCACUUGUCCUCAUAAGAUCACAGGUAAGCUGGAGCCUCUCCCAUCCCGUACUGUAUAUUGUAUUGUAAACAGAUAUAAGACAUUGCCCAUAAUAAGACAGUGUGUCUCAAUUAAAUGCUGUACGCAUACUUAAUAAAUGCCUCAGCUCACAUACGCGCCCAAUUGUUUAACCUAGGGAAUUUAUUUGUAUCUUUACUAUGGCGACAUUUAAGUAUGUACCACAAAAAAGGGCUCUAUUCUUCACAAUAAUUUCCAACUGUGGGUCAUUAAACACAAGUGGGUCACUGACCUACUCUGGGUGGGUUGCGGACAUCUAGUAAAAAAUGUUAUUAAUAUAAAGCCAUUGUGUGACUUUAUUUGAAAUAAAAUAUAUUUUGGAUAGGUCAUUUUGUGGUUUCAUUCAGUGCAAUUGUAAUGAUUAAUUUACUUUACUCGUUAUUUCUAUCCAUACAGUUAUAUCAUGUCGCUCAUCAUUUCCUCAUAAAUGGACAUGUAAUUAUGUUUAAAAAGACAACAUUUGGGGUGGGGGGCAGUUUGUACUAAAAGUCAGUUGCAACUUAAAAUCAUGGGAAUCUGACAGUCCCAGGUUGAGAUCAGUUGAGAACUCUGACUUUAGAACAAACAAAAAAAAGAAAAUGAAAAUAAAAAUGUACAUAUGGUAGGAAGAAGUAUACACAUACUAAAAAUACCACUAACAAAAUAGACAUCAGCAUGGUCUUACGGCCCUGCAGCAAGUGCAACCCUAAACAGUAACUGGCGAACACUAGUUCUUGCUGUGCUUGCCCAUUUUCGGCAGGUGCAUCUCAAAUGCACACCUUACUUCAAAUAAAUUUGUGGUAAACUCUGCAAAUGAGUAAGUAAAUACCCCAUACGUUAUUUGAGGAUAUACGGUAAGUAUACAAUGGCGGCUCAAUGUUGGCAUAGAAUAACAAAGAGUAAAACAGUCCUCACUGUAUCUUGCUCAAAGAGAAAAGGAUCAGAUAGCGGGGUCUCCACAUAUCCCUGGAGCUUUCCAUUGUCGUCGAUUAACUUGGAAAAAGGAAGAUGCCUGAAGGAAACCUGAGACGAUAUUGAUCUUGAGUGAGACUCAAGUGGGAAAAUCAACAAGGCCCCUCCAAAAGAAUGUAGCUAUCCUCAGCUGAUGGACACAAUGGAGCUGUAAGCAGUUACAAGCUGGGUAGAUUUUCACAAUGAACUCCGAGAGUAAAAUAAUUCACAACUUCUUUUUAGGACAGUUGCAGCCUCUUUGUGUUAUAUCCACACAGAAUAUGUAUGAAUUGUAUGUCCUGACAAUUUUUACAUGUAAUGCAAUUAUUAAAGCUGUCCAGAUUGCUGAGCCUGUCACAUAAACUGUGCUGACCUUGCAUAAAUCACACAUUCAAUCAUUCCUGAAAAUCUUAUUUCCCUCGAUCAACGUGCAUUUUACAUAAUGAGGUAGGUAUGCUAUGUGUAUUCAUUCCAUUAUAUUUUGCUGAAUGCAUUUGAUUUUGUAGAAAACUUUUUUUUUUUUAAAGUGGUGCAUAUUUUAAAAGUUUGUGUUAUUAUUGGUUGUUGGUGUCAACAUUUCAGCUUUUUCUUUCUUAUUGUGCCUUUUGCUCUGUUGGCGUGUGCCGGCACCUCCGGCUGGGCCUUGAGGACCGGGACGGACAUAAACCGAGGUAACACUGAAUUUAUUCUCUGUAAUCCAGGUCAUGGUAAUCCACAAAUUUACAUGAUAGUCAAACUCUGUCCUGAAAUCUUUUCCCUUAUGUCCGCGUGACCUUUUACCAUGUCAAGAGCUAAUUCAUUAUGCAACCCUGAUAGAACUGAAAUAGCCUUUUAGAGCCGUCAGUUGCGUAGUAGUUCACAUAACUGACUUUUGUGCAGUUGGCAUGAGAUCAUUCACUCAUUAUUUUUCUAUCACUUAUCCAUUUCAGGGUCAUCGGUGAUCUGGAGCUUAUCAAAGCUGACGUUGGGUGAGAGGUGGGGUACACCCUGGAUGGGUUAUCAGUCAGUCACAGGGCGACAUGGGGUUGAUUCUCACUCAAUGGGGUUUUCUAUAGGAUAUCCAAAAUAAGAUGACUAAGUUAGCUGAGGACAAAGGUCAUGACUGGUAGGCUACGUGAUUUAUAGUAGUUUCUACAUAUCCCUCUGACUCUUGUGACAUGUAUCAGGUUAAAAGUUCACAUGGAGAGCAUCCUUAGAGUUCAUGUUAAAGUGUGAAAGCUGUCUUCAGGGUAAAAGGAGCUUAAAAGCAUACAAACAAUGAAUCCUUGCAUGUUUCAACAUGUCUCGUCAUUAAAAUGACCGGUCUUAAACCUCCUAAUGCAAAUUCUAGCAGACGUUCCAUGUCUCCUACCUUUGAUCAUAAGUAAUAUAGCAUUCCCCCCCCAAGCUUUAGUGAAUGUGACUCAAACAUCUGAGCUCACAGCUUUAGGCAAAGGCUUAUGAGAACGUUUCAACUGUUCACUGCAGACAUAAGAAAUACAAAAUACAUAAAAUUGCAGGAUGGGACUAGAAAAGACGACAGUGUGCAGUUAUGCCUCAUGAAUAAAAAAAAUGACCCCAGCUACCGUUUGCAACUUUGAUUGCGUAUGAUUUUUAUUGAUUUUUUUAUUUAUUUUACUGUCAAAGAGAAGCAAACCUUGAAAGUUGCCCAACGAUGACAUAAAAAGUGGACAGUGAGGUGACUUUGACCUUUCUUUAUCAGUAACCUUUUUUUGCUUCUGGCAUGCUUCUGGCUGGUUCAUGGUCUAGUGGUUAGCAUGUUGGCCAACACAGUAACAGUCUGGGGAUCGAGAAGACCUGGGUUCGAUUCUCCCUUGGGCAUUUCUGUGUGGAGCUUGCAUGUUCUCCCCGUGCGUCCGGGUCCUCUGGUUUCUUCCCACAUUCCAAAAACAUGCAUGUUAGGUUAAUUGGAGACUCUAAAUUGUCCAUAGGUAUGAAUGUUAGUGUGAAUGGUUGUUUGUCUAUAUGUGCCCUGCCAUUGGCUGGCGACCAGUCCAGGGUGUACCCCGCCUGUCGCCCGAAGUCAGCUGGG